GCGCCAAUCGAAGUCUCGUUCCCCCUGCCAAAAGCACCCGCUACCAAUAUCCAUCUGCAGCUUACAAACAACGGCCCUAAUCUCGUCGUCUUCCUUACGACCGCCUCGCCGGAAUCCGCGUCGGCGUCUGCGCCGCUGGGCUCGUUCGUAUACGCCAUGCCUAAUGUGCGUGUUUUCUCCGUCCUUUCCUAUGCAUAUUGCAGCGUGGUUGGCAUUUCGAAAAAAGCCACGCCGGCAGAUACGCUGAGCACGCCGCUUUACACGCACGGUGCGACGCUGGAUUUCACAACGCGCCUGGCAAAGGUGCUGGCGCGGAAAUUGGGGAAGCCCGUGUAUGUGGGCAAUUCUAUGAGCUUUGCGAGUGCGGGCAUGGGCGGGACGGUCGAGGAAGAGAUGGAGGGGUUUCGGAGGGUGGUGGGGGUGGUGGUG